AUGACCAACGGACCUUGCACCCGUUCUUUGGGAAAGCCUGUUAACCUUCUCAAAGGCCCAAAAGAUACCGACCUCCCAUCGUCUGAAUGCAAACUUUUACGAUCCCUGGAGCCUGAAGGUAGAGUGCCGGUUAGGGAAGACACUGUCAAAAUAUUGAUAGAUCCUACAUCUGGUUCAGAUCGCCUCAAUCAGAGCUGUGAAAAGCCUUCAGCUCGUGGCAGCAGAAAGAGGGACAAGCAAUUACAGCUCCCGCUCACAAGCAAUGUCCACGAGCCCCAACCUAUCACGGGAGACGAGGAUGUCAAUGGUAGCCGGAAAAAGCGCCGCAAAACAUACACUCCAGAAUCUGCUGGACAGGUCAUGGAGGAGCCACUAUGGCAACAUACUGUUCAGCAAAAUCCGGCGCCUUCGUUGGGUGCACAGCUAGAGGCUGCUGCUCGCAACGAGGCUGAUGCUGUAGAACAACAAUCCGGGAAUCAAAGCGGAGUCGAGUUGCCCGCAGCGGUUAUGGUUUCGGAGGAAUUACAGAACCAGCCAUCUUCAUCCUCAUCAGUUAAUAUCCACCCGAAGUCCGAUGAUCCUCCUAUCAAAACAUUAAGGCUAAACCCAAACGGUAAAUUAUUGAAUUCUCCAGUACGAUCCAAAAGCACACCUCGGGAUCCUGACGGGCCGAACAAAAAGAAGAAAUCUGUUUCUCAGAAACGAAGCAAAAAACAUUCUGUGUUGGUAUCUUUGGGUUAUGGAGCCAACGAAGAGUCACGUUCCUCGAUAGGCCAGCAAAUAAAUGAAAUAAUUGGUGGUCGGAAACGGUAUCCUUUAUCAAGGGAUGUUGUCUGCGAUCUUCUCCCUAGUCAUCCACCCCAACAAUCUUCGAAGCCUACGCAUCCAUUUUUCCUUGGGAAGGCCGCAGCGCAGAUAACAGAAGCGCAAUGUGAACAGGGUGAGGAUAUAGCUACCGACCGCCUAGCAUGCGCUCAAAAUGGCCGAACAGCCGCUACUAAUCGACUCUCGGACCAAGAUCCCCAACAUAGUCAACAAACCUCGAACCUGUCACAACAGGGGAAUUAUUCCAAUGCGACAGCAGCGAAAGCACGAUCACUUCUUCCCCAAAACAUAGAGCCCACCGAUCCCAUUUGGCCCCCGAGGGGGGCUGUCCAUGUACGUGGGCUUCCACCGAAUGACGAUAACAACUUUUCGUUUGUGGAUUUCGAAGAGAGAAAAGCAAAAGGCUUGGUUGCCUCAAUACCAGAAUAUGAGAAUAUCCUUUGUGUUAAAUCACAACUCUUCUCACAUAUUAUCGGGAGCGAUAUAAGAUCCGCAGUAUUAAGAUCCCCAAAGAAAAAAAUAUGCACUCGUGACACAUUCAUGGGAAUAGUCAUGAGUCGACUUGGUUUGGCUCCAAUGCCUACGGAAAUGAUUGGCGAAAAUGUUCACCGUCAGCGAACCUCAAUACCGUACACGUCGCACCCUGCAGUGGCUCAACUUCUCUCUUCGGUACGAUCAUCAACGACUGCUUUCGACAAGGGGGAAUCCGAUGACUCGCCCUGGACGCAGAAAUAUGCACCUAAUGGAGCAGAUUCCGUACUGCAGCUGGGUACUGAAGCCUUGGUUCUGAAAAGGUGGCUGCGAAAUCUCACCGUGUCGACAGUAAGCAGUGGUGCUUCCGAAAAUGAUGGAAAGCAGACGAAAAAAAUUCCUGGUGAGAGCGCAAAACGGAAGAAAAGGCGAAAAAGACCAAAGGAUCUUGAUGAAUUCAUUGUUUCCAGUGAUGAUGAUGCACCGCCCCAAAUGGAUGAAAUCGGUACUCCUAACGAUGAGGACGAACUGGCUGGCGGAGUUACUAUAUCUAAUAAAAGGACCGUCGUUCGAUCCGAUAGUCCAAUCGGAGACACUAAAUCGGUGUUUGAAAAUCGUUUAGUGGCUAAUUCGAUACUUAUCAGUGGCCCUUCAGGUUGUGGAAAAACUGCGGCUGUCCAUGCAGUAGCCAAAGAACUUGGAUUUGAAAUUUUCGAAAUAAAUGCCGGAAGUCGUAGAAGUGCCAGGGACGUUGUCGAACGUGUCGGAAACAUGACACAAAACCAUCUAGUUCAACUCCUUGGACAAGUCAACGACAAGUCCCGUACCGCACCUUCACUCAAGUCAAUGUUCUCCACGCACAACAGUGAACCUGGAAAGCAAAGCACCGUGAAAACCUUUUUUGGAAGGAAUAUGAACACGCCAGAGACAAAGCGAGAGGACAUGGAUGAUGAGCCUGCGUUUAGCAGAAGAGGACCAUUGCCGAAAGCACAACCGAGCCAGAAACAGUCUCUUAUUCUCCUUGAGGAAGUAGACAUCCUCUUUGAAGAAGACAAACAAUUCUGGAGCGGUGUUCUAACGCUCAUUAGCCAGUCUAAGAGGCCGGUUAUAUUGACAUGCAACGAUGAAAGGUUGGUUCCCCUUGAGCAGUUGAAACCACAUGCGAUUCUUCGAUUUCGCCAGCCCCCACGAGACCUCGCAGUUGACUACCUCCUCCUCCUUGCUGCUAAUGAAGGGCAUAUUCUGGAUCGAGAAUGGAUAUCCGAACUAUACACUGUAAUGCGUUUAGAUCUUCGUGCAGCCAUCAUGCAGUUGAAUUUUUGGUGUCAGAUGGGUGUUGGGAGUAAAAAGUCAGGCCUAGACUGGUUGACUAUGUUGCCCGUUCGACAUAAUAACCAAACACAUGAGGAUAAUCGUCCUAAGAUUGUGAGCACGGACACGUAUGUUCAUGGAAUGGGGCUUGUCUGCCAGGACCUCACCUGUGAUGAUGAUGCUUAUGAACGAAGGAGCCAGCUUAUGUUCGAGUGUUUAGGCCAAUGGCAAAUAGGUCUUAUGGACUGGCAUGAAUCGAACAUGCAUCGGGACGAGUUACGGGGUCAUGAUGGCCAGAGUCGCCUUGAAGCGCUGGUCCAGGAAAGUCAAAAGGCUGAUAUGAUGGCUAACCUCGAUAUGAUUUGCAGAGGUUCUCCUGAGUCCCCUACUGAUGAUGUCUUUGACCUUUCCUGGCCUAAAAUCACUAGUAAACAGCGCUCCACGUACACAGAUGGGUAUAAACUGCUACAAACGGAUCUACUGGCUGAUUACGCAUGUCUGGCAACAAAAAUCGGUGUCGCAAUGACUGUUUUAUUGGACAACUCCUUCCAUGACUCCUCACCAUCCUCCGACGAAAACACCAUUAUCCAGCAGACCCUGGAAAAAUUCUCUUCUCAUAAACCUGUAUACUUAAACCAGUCCAUUCUACGCAACACCUUCGAGCCGAUAAUCGAUGAUUCGGACCCGUUUAACGCUCCAUCUGGCCGUCAAUCCUUUUCGUUUGAUGGCAGUACAGCACCAAUUUCCGAAGACCUAGCACCGUAUAUCCGAGCAAUUGUCGCUUUCGAUUUACGGCUCGAGCAACACCGGCUAGCCCUUAGCGGACCCCUUCCACAUGACUCCAAGAGUAGCAAAAGGAUCCGAACGACUAGAGCUAGCCUAGCAGCUCUUGAAGGAGGUGAUAAAGCAAGUGUACGCAAGGAUAGGUGGUUUACGGGGAAACUCAAUACUAGCAAUGUCCUGGCUACGGGAUGUCCGGAAUGGCAAGACGCACUUAGAUGGAAGAUUCCAAGGAUCUCUGUGAGCGAGGGCGGGAACCAAUCUAUGGACGAGCAAGACGUUGCAAGCUCUAGUGAAGGAGGAAUAUAGUUUUUUGCAUAUGUUUGAGACUACCAUAUAUGAAAGGAUAGAUAGCGCCUUGGCUGUGUAUGAAUUAAUGCUUUCUUAUUGCUAAUAGAAGUUUAUUGACAUUUUC